AUGGCAGCGAUGCCGGGCAGAGCGCUGCUUGCCAAGCUCACGGCAUUGGUGCUGGGACCUGCAAGUGCCGAUGUGUUGCCGGCUGCGCUCCACUGCACGAGCUCUGCCCUCGCUGUGCCCUCUCCCACGCCAGGGACAGAAGAAUUUACCUGCCCACCGUACUUCCACGCACGGACCUGUUGCCAGCUCAACGAGAUGCUGAAGAUUUGGGAGAAGGUCGAGGAUAUGUUGCAGUUUAUCGUGAGAGUGCUUGACGACCAAGGAAGAGAUCUGCAGGCUGCAGAGGAAGAGGAGGCUGCUGGUCUGUGGGACGAUGGAUCUGCCUGUGCAAAGUACCAUGUGCAGCUUUUUAGCUCUCGCCUUCAAGGCUCACGGGCAGCUCGAGAAGCCACUGCCAAAGGCUUGGACAUCCUUCAGGGUUCCACGAUGCACCUGCUUUGUGCUGCCUGUUUCCAGAGCUCAUCGACGUUAAAACUCGAGCAGGUGGACAACUUCACGAAGAGCGCGCUGCUCUCCCUCCAGGACAGGAUGGGCGCCAUCUUCACAGAGCAAUUGCUACAGGAUGUGCCGCCGGAUCCAUCAUGUUCGCUUGCCUAUGUGACGGAGCUUACUGCAGGCAGUCUUUUUCCAGCCUGGGGUCGCUUCUCGCCCGCUCUUCGAACAUCCUCCACCUCCCUGUUGCAAGCGUUUUCCGCAUGGAUGGAUCGAGUGCUAUCGCUGCUCGUUGAAGUUCCGGGAUCGCUGCUGUUCCAGCACACCAUGCUGAAGCUCCUUCUCUUCUAUGGUGAACGACCCGACAGUGAUGCAUUCCGACUCCUCAUCGGGCAGGCUGCUCCCUCGGAAAGUCAACAUGCACCGAUCCAGGCCGACCCUCCGAAUCUGUGCCCCGACAACACCGCCAGGCUCUUCCUUUUUGUCCGCCAGGCGGUUCAGGCAAGCACCGUUUCCAAGUGCUACAAAGAGCUGCAGGCGAUUCAGUCGCCUCUCCUGCGUUGGGUGGUUACCAAUCAGUCACAUGUCACGGCCCUUUCAGACGAGGCAGCACUCCGCGGCCAAAGUCCCAAAGUGGAGCUCAUUUGGCGCCGCUUCGAGGUGCGAAAUCUAGACAGCUUCGUCGCAGAUGUGUGCCCUGGCUUGCCUGCUUGGGUAGCAGAUGUCGAGGCAAUGGACUGCCAAGCAGGCACUGCCGACACCAUCUCGAGGCUGACCACGGCACCUGUGGAGGAGGAUCUGUUGUCAUCCUCGUGGCCGAGUGGGCUGCGCCCUGCGAGGCCGCAACCUCCCCCUGUGAGCUGGCCGCCGCUGCUGAUCAACAAGUACAUCCAGGCGCACGCUGCCCUGGUCCGUCAGCUUGCGACAGGUGGCGAACCAGCGAACCCCAAGGUCUUGGUGUACGUUUGCACAGCGAUGAGCUAUUGCGGUGGACAUGGGGACAGACUCAACGGGAUGCUUAGUGCCUUUGUGCUGGCCCUAUUGUCGGACAGAGCUUUUUUCAUCGACUCCCAGCGACCAGUGCCGCUGAGCAUGGUUCUGCAGCCAAGACCCGGCGGACUUGAUUGGCGAAUGUUUGGUUCCCAUGCAGCGCUAGCGGCCAGCUUCAAUCUCAAUGACAACUUGGCGGCAUUUGAGCAGAAUCCACGGAGCGUACUGGAGAGUCAGGAACAAGUUAUACGACUUGUUUCCAAUCAGCGUCUGACUGCGGCUGCCUUGCAUGCGUCAGAGCAGCGAGCAGAGUCUCUAGGAUUGAGCCGCCAGCCGGAGCUGCACUCGCAUCUUUUUCGGAUGCUCUUCGCACCGUCUCCUGCUCUCCAAGCGCGCCUAAACGCGCGGAAUCUGCCGGCAGGCCGCCGCAUAGGUCUGCACUUCCGAGCGGGAGAUCAAAUGCCGCAGAACUGGAAGGAUCCUCCGCGCCAUGCGCUCUCGCAGCUGGACGAGUUCCUCGAUUGUGCCGAGAGCCUGGAAAAAGAUUACGGCUGGGAGGCGACCUUCAUCCUCUUCGCUGAUACGGACAAAGUGCUUACUAUGCCACGGGUCAAGGAGCUCAUGUCUUUGGGCAAGCUGGUCUGGCCCAGUGAGCCAGACGGCCUUGUGCAUUUGGACAGAUCUCCAGCAACACUUACUGUGCGAGGUCUUCUCCAAACUUGGGCGGAUUGGUGGACCCUGGCCUUCGAUGUUGAUGCUCUGGUACUUUGCCACAGCGGCUUUGGCGCAACCGCUUUGGAGAUUGGUCAUAGACGCCCUGCCGUCGUUGGACGUGGCUGCGUGCCCGCAGACGGGAGCACAGGAUGA